AUGGUCUCUACUGUUCCAAUCCUCAUAGGGACCAACUUCUCAGAAUGGAAAGAGAAAGUUGAGUUCACAUUAGGAGUACUUGAUCUGGAAUUGGCACUUCGUCAAGAUGAGCCAAAUCCAGUGACUGAUGAAAGUACUGAGGAAGAAUAUCAACUCCAUAAAGCAUGGGAGAGAGCGAACAGACUGAACAUAAUGUUCUUAAGGAUGACAAUUGCUAAUCUUACAACCAUGAAGCAUGAUGGCACAAGGUCUAUGCAUGAACAUUGCAUUGAAAUGAUUGACCUUGCGGCUAAGCUGAAGAAUUUGGGACUUAGUGUGGAUGAUUCUUUUCUUGUCCAGUUUAUCCUGAAUUCUUUGCCUCCUCAGUAUGGACCAUUUCAGAUCAAUUACAACGCCAUUGAUAAAAAUGGACGUCUAAUGAAUUGA